AUGGAGAACAUCACGGAGGUGAGUGAGUUCAUCCUGCUGGGACUAACGGAUGCCCCAGAAAUGCAGGUUCCACUCUUUGUAACGUUCACCCUCAUCUACCUCCUCACUGUGAUUGGGAACCUGGGAAUGAUUCUGCUGAUCCUGCUGGACUCACGCCUCCACAACCCCAUGUACUUUUUCCUCAGUAAUCUGUCUCUGGUGGACUUCUGUUACUCCUCAACAAUCACUCCAAAAGUCAUUGAUGGGUUCCUUGUCGGGUCCUACAAAGUCAUCUCCUACAAUGCAUGUGUUGGUCAAAUGUUCUUCUUUUUACUAUUUAUCACUGUAGAAAACUUCCUGUUGGCUUCAAUGGCCUAUGACCGCUAUGCAGCAGUGUGCAAACCCCUCCACUACACCACCAUCAUGACAACACAUGCCUGUACCCGUCUCAUCGUAUGUUGUUAUGUCGUUGGCAUUCUGACUGCUGUGGUUGAUGUUGCAGACACAUUUUGUCUGUCUUUUUGUAAGUCCAACGUAAUCCAUCACUUUUUCUGUGACAUCCCAGCAAUCAUGACUCUGACUUGCUCUGACAAACACAUCAAUGAACUGAUUUUUUUUCUUCUCUCAAGUUUUAAUAUCUUUUUUGCUCUUCUAAUUAUUCUGAUUUCCUAUCUGUUCAUAUUCAUCACCAUUUUUAAGAAGCACUCGGGGGAGGGAUACCAGAAGGCUUUGUUGACCUGUGCUUCUCACCUCACUGCUGUGUCUAUAUUUUAUGGGACUGUCAUCAUCAUGUACUUACAGCCCAGUUCCAGUCAUUCCAUGGACAGAGAUAAGGUGGAAUCUGUGUUCUACACCAUGAUCAUCCCCAUGCUGAACCCUAUAGUGUACAGCCUGAGAAAUCGAGAGGUUAAGUGCGCAUUCAAGAAGGUUAUGGAGAAGGUAAAACACCCUCUCAAUUCAACUUUUUGA